AAUUUCGAGCAUUUGGCGCCUGAAGGUUUCAGUUUUGAAGAGAGUUGUUCGUGGCAUGGCGAACACUUUAUAGUUAAAGCGAUGGUUAUAAGUUAAAAAUCAGCUUUGCAAAGCUCCAGGGACCUUGCGCGAUGGCCAACAACAAAAUUGUGAAUGGUAUCGCAAGCCAGGCGGCCGAGGCGAAAAAAAGAAUGACGAAAGAGGACGACGAAGGCAAACUCUUCGUGGGCGGACUCAGCUACGAAACCACUAAAGAAACCUUGACAGAUUAUUUUAAUACUUUUGGUGAAGUUGUCGGUGUUGAAAUAAAAAUGGACGCUUUGACGGGUCGCUCCAGAGGCUUCGCAUUUGUGCAAUUCAAGGAUCCGAAACAAGCAAACGCGGUCCUGCAGCAUGGAGGUCCACAUUUAUUAGAUGGGAAAACAGUUGAUCCUAAGCCAGCAGCACCAAUAAAUAAGCCACCUCAUUUAAGAGUAAAGAAAAUAUUUGUUGGAGGACUAAAACCAGAGACCACUGAUCAACAGAUUAGAGACUAUUUUGGAUCAACUUACGCACCGGUUAGAGACAUUGAAUAUGUCACAGAACAUUCAACCAACAAGAGAAGAGGUUUCUGUUUUGUUUCCUUCGAUUCAGAAGACACAGUAGACAAGAUUUGUGAAUUACAGUUCCAUCAUAUUGAUGGUAAUAAGGUUGAAGUAAAAAGAGCUCUUCCAAAAGAAGUUCAACAGCAGCAAGCUGCCCUUCGUGCUGCAGUAGCAGGAAGAGGAAUGAUCCCAGCAAUUGCCACAGCUUUUGGAGUUGUGCCUGGAAGAGGUAGACCAGCUGCAGGUAUAAGCAGAGGUCCAUUCCGUGCUGGUGCAGCAGCCGGAACUGCUGGGCUUAGUCUCACAGCUGCUGCUGCUGCUGCUUAUAACCCGACGUAUGCUGCAGCUGCCCUUUAUGGAGCACUUGGCACAGGUGCAGCCUAUGACACUGUCUACCCCACUUCUUAUGGAGGUAUACCAGGCUAUCCAGGGUACUCCCCUGCAACGUUUCCCACCCCAGCCACGGGGUACCCUACUAGUGGGUAUGAAUUACAUCUCGCAGCCAGCAGAGAUGCACGAUAUCCAGGCAUGCGUAUGCCAGAUAGGGAUCACAGAGGUGCAAUUAGAAAAGAUUUAUUUAUCGGGUCAUCAUCCAACCUUUAAGUUUCCCAGAGAAGUACAGCUGUAUGUAUACUCCAACCAACAGCAGUCUGUAUGAAUGCUGUAUUUAUUCAUGAAUUUUAUUGAGAGCCAGGAGGUCGACAUUUUCAUACAGAGUCUUAUAUUUUCUACAGAGUGAAAUGAAUUUGUCAAGGUCAUUAUUUAUUGUACAUUUGUCAGUAUUUGUUGGUUAGCAUGCUCAAUUUCAGAGCACACCAGAGACCACAUGGGCAUGUACAAAGGCCUUCCCUGUUGAUACAUGAUUUACCUUUGCCACAUGCUGUUGGUUUAUAUUUUUUUCUUUGAUCAUAUAUUUUUUUGUUUUUUAGUUUCACUUUACUUGCCUGAAGGUUUCUUAAUUUCUGCUGAGCUAUAAGGAUAAUCAGGUUUUUUUCCACAGAGGAAAGUACAUACUGUAUUGAGAUCAGGUUUAAUUAUUUUGAUCUGAUAUUGAAGAGUGACGGAAACUUAAACAUCAAUCCAACAUCUGAGUCAUGAAAACUUCUAACAUCUCAAAUCUGAAGUGAUGACAUUGUCUUGGAAAAUGUAGCUUGGAAUUUUACCAAUGUUUCCUUUUUGUAUUACAAUUAUGGCAAUGGAAAAUGAAUGUGUAAUAUAGGGAGGGCCUACAUGGUACAAAUUAAAAGAAAGAACAAAUAACUGCAAUGAGGAAUGCAUCCAGUAGGGCCACUUCAUACCAGCCUGGAAACUAGCCUGGCCUGGCAUGUAAGACAAAGUUCUGCAAUUUAUUUAAAUGGGAAAGCUCCAUCUGUGUACUGAGCUUAGCUUCUAGCCUGAUAGGAAAUUUCGGUUUGAUUUCCAAUGUCAACAAGUGGCGACCUUGCAAGUUUCAUCCCAGCAACCAGGCUAGAAUGUUUAUAAUAGAAAUUAUCAGACCAGAUACUGAGAUCAUGGCACCAAAACUUCUCAAACAAACACCUGAAAAUUUGUUGAGCAAUAUACCUAUAUUUUUACACAAGCCCCAUCUGUUUUGCUCAUAUGAAGAGGCCCUCAGAGCUGGAAGGUUAAUACACUGUAGGUUGGGUAAACUUAGUUCCUGUAACUAGAGAACUGUGCUAUACAUGUUUUGGUGUUGAAAGUAGUAAAUCAGUGGUCAUUGCAGCAUUUGCUCAAGAAUGAGAAGUUGCAAGAUUUCUAGCUAUUUUUCUUUUUAUGUGAAAUUAGAUUCCUUUUUUUUUCCUUAUUUCUUCUAUUUUUUGACUCCUACCUUUUAUACCAGACCUAUUUUGAGUAUGAAACUCAGAGAAUGAGUCUGUAAAUGUUUGUGGAUGUUUGGAGUUUUUUUGGCUAUUACAAUUUUCUUUGUUAAAACUACCUUAAAAACCAAAGUUUUUCAUGAAUUGCUUGAAAAUGGCAUGUUAAGGUGGGGUACAGGAGGGAAUACCUUUCAUGAAAAGUUGCAAUUGGGGUAAGUCACAUGAGGAGAAAACCACCAUCAGAAGAAGUUUGCUAGACUUUACUUUCCUAAAGUAAUAGGUAUAGAUGGCUCACAAUCAUUAUGUUUAGAAUCAAGCUGUGUCAAACUGUGUCAAGUAUAUCAAAUUGAGUCUUUCCUCAUGAAAUAAAUUGGAAAAACAAACAAUUUAAGUUUGUGUUUGCAGGUUACCAUGUAAUGUUUGGUUCUUGCAUGAAAUAAGUACCUAACAGAGAGGGUUUUAGUUGUGUACCAUGGCUUUGCUAAAACAGCAGUUGACAAAUGACAAGUUCAUUGUUUCAUGAUAUUUCUUCAGAAAAGGUAACUUUUAAACCUUUACUUUCAUCAUUCAUCCGCACCAGUUUUCCUGGCAUGGGUUUAAACAUAUGAAUUUGAGGGCCAUCAGUAGCACUAUUUUCAGGGACUAUAGUUUCUUGCUGUGAUUGGAGGUUUUUUCCCCUUGAACCAAAAUACUCAAGGGAAAAAUUGUAAGCUGUGAACUUUUAAGGACCAUUUAAGGUAUGGCAGGCCACAAUGUUGAUAAAAUUCAAAUUUACAACAAUGUACAAAUCCCAUUAAUUUUUUCAACCCAAGAAAGGUUUGUACAGUCAUUGGCUGAAGACCAAAUGCUAUCCAUUCAUUGUUCAUAUAAUAUUAUUGUUUGAAGCUUAGCAGUCAUUGGUCAACAAAUUAGCUCUCAUUUUACCCUUGCAGUGCUGGCCUCAAUUUAUCAUACAAUGUAACUGGUCUCUCCACAGUUCGCUUUAUUUUUUAUAGGUAGAGUUAAGGUGUUUUCUUUAAAAAAGGACUGUUCAACCAAGAGAAUUAGUUAUUGUUGGUGUAGAUGAAAAGAAAUAGUCCCCGUCUCAGUUGUCAGAUUUGUGCAAUAUCCCAUGUUUUAAUAAUUAUCUAGCCUAAAGAAGUGCACUGCAUUGCACCAUGAUAGGUGAUAUUCUGUAGACUCUUGCUCAUCAUGUUGCAGACAUUUAGCAAAGGAGAAAAUGAAACUGAUUUGUUUUAAUCAAAGGGUACAUGUAGGUUCAGUUCCUCCAUCACCUGUCAAUCAGUUCUUAGAACUGACAGGUUCCUUUAACAGAUAGGACGAUCCAACAAACCUGUUCUGAUGAGUGGAAGCAGCCUCUCAUUUUAGUCGUGAUGGAAGGGAAACCUUUUCAUUAGUGUUAGGAAUUGAAGGGUAUAGUUGAGAUGGAAGGAUAAUGUACAUAUACACAAGUCUUGCAAAGCAAGAGUGCGUUCUGUGUUGAAUCAUGCACAGUUUUUGUAAUAUUUUUUCGAAGACAUAUAGUUUAGCCUUGCAUGUAUAUUUUCUUAGUAUUGUGUUGUGUUCAUGAAGUAAAUUGUGGCUGUUUACCAAAACAAUUAUACCUAUAUUUUUCUCGGACAAGUGACUAAAACAAUUACCUUGCACAGAUGAUAAGUGUUUUGAUUACAAACUGAAAGAAAAGUUGUUAGGAAGUUUUUGACUCUGUAAGAACCAUUAAUUCAUCUGAUAUUUUUGUGAACUUCACUCAUAGCAAUCAAGUGGAAACAGCAUGGAACACUCAUAAUGCAUCAAUCAUUAAGUUUGACUCCUUAUAAUGGAGUGGAAUGGAUAUUCUGAUGAUACACUCUGAGUGGUUGAUGCUGCUGUUUAUUUUGCUCAUGCUUAUCCAUCAACUACGAAAAACACUAAACCUUAUAUUUUUUAUUUAUUUAUUUUUUUUUUGGUACAUCUUUGACAUGUUUUUUUCUGGGUCUUAGUUGUUUCUUUAAAAAAAACCCUGACAUCCAUCAUACUCUCAGAGGACCCAAGUAUUAUGAGAACAUUUUUUUAGACCAUUCACUAUAAAGGACAAGCUGAAAACCCUUUGAAUUCCAAGAUCUCACUACAAAUUCUCCUUACAGUCUUCCCUGGUUUUUUUUUUUUUAGUUUAUUUCUGAGAAUAGUGUUUUACACAUAGAGACAAAUUUAUUCCCCGGGUGAUAUUUUUAGUUCUUCUUAUGGUCUCUAUCCUUGUUAAAGUAUUGUUUUGUUAGGAGAAUUUACACAUGGGUCACUCCUCUGAUUAACAGGGUUAAUCCUUAAAUUUUCAAGUGCAAUCAGUUACUAUAUUCUCCUAAAACCAGGAAACCGAGGUUAACCAGUUGUAUAUACAUUGGGGAAUAGUACUUAGACUAGCUAACAAAGAAACAUUGGUCAUCUGCAAGAAGAUGUAGUUCCUGGGUCUUGGGAAUUGAAGGGUUUUUUUAAGGGUUAUCACUUCAAACCACUGACCAAACAGUGUUAAGGUUGUUAAAGUCAUUGCUAGUUAAGGAGAGUGGGAGAGGUGUCACUGGUUGUCAGAAACUCACAAGCUGAAGAAUAUGAUGCAAUUGUUACUGUUGUGAUUGGUAAUUGUCUGAACAUGACUUUCCUGCUUAAGAAUGAGAAUUUAGUGCAUGUAAUAGUGAUAAUUCAUUGUAGCUUGUAGUUGUAAUUAUAAAGAGAACAGAUGGAACUGCUUGAUCAGAAGCCUCUUUUUAAGUUUGUAACAGUCAUAGUCAACAUAAGAGUCACUAUGAUUGCUCCUGUAGGUGCUGGUAAUGUCUUUUUUCUGCAAGUUAUUGAUCUUAAAAUGUUAACUAGCUUUCAUGAUAGUUAUGUUUUCUUAUAUAUAUUAGAGUAGUGAACUGUGCAUGCUUUACUGUUUAGAGUUUAGUCACUAUGCUAGUUGCACUGUUAGAUGUAAAAUGAAUAGCUGGAAAGAACUUUUUGGAACUCAGGUCUUCACUGGUUUGCAAAGAAAAGGAAAGAAGGAAACAUCUUUUAGCUUGGUUGAACUUUUAGGUAACAUUGUAAGGAAGUUCUUGGAUACUGAACCUUCAUUUGUUAGGUGAUUAAUUUGUGACUAACUGGUCAUUAAUAACCUUUUUAAUCUGUAGUAUUUUCAACAAAUAAACAAGCUGCAGCCAGUGAACUUUUUUCAA